CGCUGGUGCUUCUGUUUGAUUGGUCAAAGCAGUCACAAGAUGAUGCGAAGUUGAAAAAAAAAACACAUACUGGAAGCGUCUCCAGCAUUCACAGCAGCAGCAGCUUUACAGACAUUUAACUCCACAAAUAUGAGUGAAUCACUGGUGGUUUGUGAUGUGGAUGAAGAUCUGGUUAAGAAGCUGAAGGAGUUCCGUUUCCGUAAGGAGACCAACAAUGCGGCCAUCAUCAUGAAGAUUGACAAAGACAAGCAGCUUGUUAUUCUUGAAGAAGAACAUGAGGACAUUUCUCCUGAUGAUCUGAAGGAUGAGCUUCCUGAGAGACAGCCAAGAUUUAUUGUGUACAGUUAUAAGUACCAGCAUGAUGACGGACGUGUGUCCUAUCCGCUCUGCUUUAUCUUCUCCAGUCCAGUGGGUAAGGAACUCUGCCUGGGUUGCAGACCAGAGCAGCAGAUGAUGUAUGCAGGAAGCAAAAACAAACUGGUGCAGACUGUUCAACUGACCAAGGUGUUUGAGAUCAGGAACACAGAGGACCUAACAGAGGAGUGGCUUAGAGAGAAACUCGGGUUCUUCCGUUAAGCUCUGUAGCUCAUCCAGAGGUCUGCAGCGUGUGGAGAAUCCAGAUUGCACAACUCGUGUCAUCUCUAGGGUGACCACACCGUGGUUAAUGUUUCCCCCUCUUUGUACCAGACCUGAUUUAUAUAGUGCAUGCAGAUACUCCCUGCACUCAGUUUCAGGCCUAUUUGGAGGAGUUAUACUGUAACAUAUUACGAAUGAACCAGGAAGUUCAGGCAAUCACAGCAUUUUGAAAACUUCACUGUGGCAGACUACAGCUAAACAUCACCCAAGUGGCAGCCUGAAACUGACAUUACUAUUUGACGCAGGUCUUCUUUUGUCUCCUUUAUCUCUCCAUGUGCCAGUAACGUGUCUGUAUUGAAUUAACACUCCCAUACUGUAGCACUCAAAGUGGGCAGAUACUCAUAACAUUGCUUCGCCCUUCCUGAGCAUGUUCAGGACAAUUUAAAGACAUUUGACAACACACACAGUGGUUUUUAAAACUGUAUGUUUUCCUUAGUUUUACUUAUUUGUUAGAUAUUUUUACAUAAUUUGAGGGAGUUCUGCUCGUUUCUCCUUCAGUUUUUAUUUGAGGACAUUCAAAUUUUAAUUUUGACAACAAACUAGGACUCUAGUCUGCAGAAGACACUAAGACUAUUUCACAAGAGACACUCAGAUUUGCCGUACAGACAUGUACCCUCUGCUGUGCACAGUCUGGUAGAAGCUCUGCAGUGGUGCUCAUCAUGCCCUUGUGAGUCUGUCCUCAGAUCAGUUUAGUUUCUGUUUGGGCAAGGAACAGCGUGAAUCACUGUAUUCCACCUUUACUCUGUAUUUAUCACUUCAUGAAACAAAAUGUCUACUGAAACAUUCCAGGUUGAACAACUGCACAACAAACCUUCAUCUUUAUUGACAUGACAGUUGAAAGCAGCGACACAUGCUGGCCAUUUUUAUGCCCUCAUUUUAUUCUGCUGGUCUGCUGUAUAUUAGAGGGUUACUAUGUCUUUAGGGAGAUUGUUAGAUAAAUUGUGCAUUAUAACUUUCAUUCUUAUUAGUGUUUACGAAUGUUCUACUUUAUUUGAUUGCUUUGAGACGGUCACAGCUUUGGGAAUGGGAACUGAGACGUCUCCAUAUGCCGAUUGUGCUUAUAAGUUGGACUUGGUUGGUGAAGGACAGCAUCAGGACAGUUUACAUGUCUCCAUACAGAACAGCAAUCGACCAGUGUACAGGAGCUAUGUUAAAGGUGAUGCUGGUCUUAAAUUUGCCAGUUGCUCAAAUUUGUGCCAAUAUCUAAGAUGAAGUGGAGCCAUGUAUUUAAGGCUACACCUUGAUUUGUGAUCUGCAGACUCUAUACAAGUUUAGUUUUAAAAUAAACAUAAUUUGAGAUAUAAUGGCAACUAUAUGACUUUCCAAACACAGAAAGUAUGUAUUUGGCUAUGGCCAUGCUGUAUAAUACCAACUUUCUCUAAACUAGAUCCUGAAUUGCAGCACAUUGAAAGUCCAGACCAAUUUAAGAAACACUCUAAGAGCAGGGCGAUUGUCCCCAGGGACUUAAAAGCUACAUAAGAAAACUCUAUUGUAUUGCAGAUGCUACUGAAUGUUUUUAAUCAUUAUAAGUAGUGGAUGAAUCAAGUGGCAGACUUUUGAUUAGCUAAGUAUAUUGGCCUGACCCCAAUAAACAAUCAUUCACAUCAACGAUCAUUAUUGCUGUCUUACUGAGACACUUCUACUUUAGUGAUGAAUGAGGGAGGCGGCUGGUGUAAAGCCCCAACAACACAAUCUUACCGUAUGAUGACACUUCUAAGUCAACCGUAACCAAUGCUUUUGUCUUAAUUUAGUUUUUGUCAUAUUUAUGUCUCCAUGAGACCAAAAAGGAAACCGGACAAAUCAGCUGUGUAAUAAGUGAUUGGAAAAGUUUUGAUCUGCAAAGUAAGAAAUUUCCUGUCGAAAUAUGAUCCCAGUUAAAUUGAAUGGAUUUUUGACUCGCGCACAAUCACACAGUUUCGUGUGAAUCUUUUUCUGCUGUCAGAUGUUAGUCGUCGUUUUGAUAUACUACAUUCUCUUAACAGGGUUUUGCCAACAGGAGCACUGGGAUAUAACUAAUCACUUGUCUUGCCGGUAUUAUGCUGCUGUUGCAAGGGGGAAAAAGUUCAGCAAAUGAGGCCUUUAGACCCUAGACUUGCAGAAGCCUUUCAAAAUGCACAAUCGGAACCUAAGGAUGUCUGUUGACUGAAGUACAAGGAUUGUUCCUACAAGACUGACACAGGCCAACACUGUAACAGCCUUUGUAUUCAUUUGAAAUAUGUCAAUGUAAUGAUUUAGAUACUUGUCACAAUGUACAUCAAUCGCGUUUUCGAAAAUAAUUUGCCUAUUGUAAUAAGAGUUCCCUUUGGUUUUGAGCCGUGUAUCUGGUCAUGUCCUGUGGAUCUACUAACCUUCCUUCUUGUGUGGUGGACCUGUUCUAUAUACUUGACUUCUUGAAUAACUAUGAAUUCAUUUGCAAACGUGUUGUUCAGAUGUCGGUGUUCCAUGAUCAGAUGCCUACUAUUCUGUUUUCUUACCUUUUUUAAUAAAACACCUGAACAUGUACCAUAACCAGCUGCCUCACGGCAUCAGUGAACUUAAGAUCUUUGUAUUUUCCCAUACUUUAUAGUGUCUAUUGUCCCGUUAUGGAAAUAAAAUGACAGUGAUGUUCA